AUUUGUGUGAGAGUUUCGAAAAUCUUGAUGCAAUAAUACUCACCGUAUCUCAAUACAAUAAAGAGCUAGUUACUUGGAGAUCAUGGAAGGCAGUUUCUUUAACUGAAGAUGGUAUUCGAUAUUUUGCCAAGUGUUCAAAAUUGAAAGAGCUAGAUUUGGGAUGGUGUUUGAUCAAUAACCAUCCAGGAAAUUGUUUACUUUUAAUAGCUAAAGGAUGCCCUAAUUUAAAAAGACUGAUUUUAUCAGAGUGGAGGUGCUUGAACGAUCAACUUUUAAUGCCAAUCAUCUCGUCUUGUAUACAGCUCAGACAGUUAGAUUUAAUGGGCAUAAAAACCAUAUCUGGAGAUCUUUGUGGUAAAGCAUUGAGGUUGCUUCCCAAACUUAGACUGCUCGAUAUAAGUUAUUGUGAUAUGAUUCGGCAAGAGGAGGUUUCAAUAUGGAGAGAAAAAUAUCCAAGUGUAAAAAUUCAACGCAGCUGCGAAUUUGCCGGUAAUGAUCGUGAAAACUGAAUUAUGAAAAUUGGUGAAUAUAUCAGAAUCCUGAGGAAAAUUUCUGCUGUUGUUUGAUAGUUCAACAUUCCUUAUUGAAUGAAUUGAACAAUAUAUUUUCUAUAGUCAUUGAAGUGUAUGUUUGCGUUAUUUACUAAAGUGUCAAAAACAUUUUAAUUAAUUAGCAGUUGAAAUGUGUUUUUGAAUAUGUAUAAGUUUAAUAGUAUUAUUUAUUGUUGAACACUGCUUAUUAAAUUAUUUAAAAUUGAAAAUA